AUGACUGAUCAAUCAGAUAUGAUUGAAUUACCAGCUAUACCAGCUGAUGCACCUGAAUGGGUUCGUGCAUUACCAUCAAAUGGUCGUUUCGUUGAUCGAACUAAACUUUAUGAUAUAACUGGUCAUCUUUUAUUUGAUUCAUUACUUAAUUCAAAUGGUAUUCGACAUUUCUUUUAUUUUAUGGGUACUGAAAAACAAGCAGAACGAGUGUUAAAAGCAUUUAAUGGUUUACCAACGAGUCCACCGGCAUAUGAUGACCCAACAAAUCAAGACAGAGGAGAAGUACAUGUUGCUUUUCAUCUUGGUCCAGGUAUUUGUGGACAUAAAGGCAUUGUACAUGGUGGACUUACGGCAACAAUGAUUGAUGAAGUUAGUGGUGCUGCUGCAUUCUCUUGUGUUGGUCCUUGUUUUACGGCUAAUCUCAAUAUUGAUUAUAUAAAACCAUUAUUAAUACCAGCAUGGGUUUUAGUUCGAGCUCAUGUUGAACGUCAUGAAGGUCGUAAAGUAUAUGUACAUUCUUUCGUUGAAAAUGGCGAAGGUGAAAUUUAUGCUAAAGCUGUUGCUCUUUUUAUUAAACCAAAAAUGUCCGUACAAGAACAUAUUCAACAAAAAUAA